CCACUCUUGCUCAUUGCUGGCAGCCUACAAAGUAGUCUGCCCACACAAGGUGCUUUGUGGCCGCUAGAUGCUGUAUCGGUGCUAGUGUCACCACCAAACCUUUUGUUCCACCACCAAGCUUGGAGGGCCAGCAGCAGGCGAUUCGGGAUCCGUAUCGACUCGCUUUCUACAGGAGACUAGGGGUUGGGUUCGUGUAUUUACAGGCGGGCUCUGUCCGGAGUGUGCCGAGGGAGGUUGUGCUGAUUGAAUGGGUGGAGAUGCAGCCCCAGUUUCUUAGUAAUGAGCAGAGGGUACGUAUGGUCGCAGAAGGGUUGAAGGGGACGGGGAGGCGGUUGGUUGUCAUUUGGCGGGGAGCGGCGUACACGAGGCCUGCGGGGGCGUUGAAGGACCCCAUUGAUAUGUGAGGAUUUACUGCCUUCCACCAUCUGUCGAUCUAUCGAGGUCUUAUUGGGACUAAUGAAGACGAUAGGACUAAAAUCCCCUUCCCCCCAACCCUUCAAGGCAAAGGCGUCCUCCUAGACGACCAUCUACGUAACACCUCCGCGGCCCGGCUCCACUGCCCUUGCUGGUACAAAGGCUGCCCUCCUUGUGGAUCCCCAGCUAAACUGGAUCCUGCACUCUGGCAGGCUGCCACAAUGGUCCGCGGGAGCACGCAUUACCCAAAUCGACAUAAUCCCUGAGGAACUC